AUGACCGAUGUCAUCCACCUGCCAAAUGGGCAUUGCCUCAGCGUGGAACCGGUGUUUGGCGGCUUGUUCUUCAAGCCCAGCGAGUUGAACGUGCACAGUGCUGUAUUUCCAAAGGGAUGGACGAUUAUAUUACAGUCGGAAGAGCUCGUCGAUGCCCCUAACUCCGCGGAGGGGACCACUGCGCAGAAUGCAGACGGCAAAUCGACGCCGAAGAAACUCCACAUUCACAAAUUCUCGAAACCUACCCUACAAAACGAUUGCCUCUUCAUAAGCUCGAUAUCCUUCCCAAGCACAGAUGACUUCAAGGCGCCUGCGAGCCCGACUAGGCAGAUCGCCAUGAUGCUAUGGGCCACUCUGUACUGGUACUUCCACCAGACCGAGCCCUCGCCCUUUGUCACAACGGAGGCCUCGAAGAACACGCCCGACAACGGAAAACCGAAAGCCGACUGGCGUAUAAAAAUAAAGAGAGAGGGAGUCUUCCGUGGAAGAAACCUGCUCCCCAAGCUCGAGCGUAUGGGCCUCAUAUACUCGGAGAACUCGGCGGUGGGCGCAAGUAGCGAUAAUACUGAGGGUUGGGAGGAGAUGUUCACAUCUCGCCGUGCGUUUUGGCAACUCUCACCGAGGCUUUUUCUCUUCACCCUGUCGCCAAAUGCAAAUCCGCUGUCAAUUCCGGGAUCGCCUUACGGGAGUCCAGUUGGCUCACCGUCUCAUACUCAGACCAAGUUUGAACAUAGCGGCGUAGACCUGCACGGUUUCACGCCCAGCCCAGGACCUCAAACUCUAUUGGGGCAACACCUCCUUCCACAUCCUUAUGCGUCUGGAAGUCACCUUCCAACUUACUACCCUCCUCCUCCCCUCCAAUACAUAAAUACAAAUGGUGUACGCCACCCCAUCAGGCCAAAGCCUCCGCAACAGGGCGAGACAUUUUACACGCGCUAUAUCUCCAGUCUGGGCGAGCAGUUAAGCUUUCGUGUUGCUAGUUUGAGUGACAAACCUGUUGUAUACAACGGUUUGGAGUCUUCAUUUAGCGUUGGGGUAAUACCCUCUCCCUCACCGCCUCACACUCUCACGCCAGCUCCAGAAGGGACCGACACCCGACAGAUGACCGACGUCCAGCUCAUCCACAAGUGGAUGAACGACCCGCGCGUCUCCAAAUCCUGGGGCUGUGACGGUCCCAUCGAGGUCCAAGAAAAGUUCCUACGCGGCAACUUGGAAUCCAAGCAUUCUUUUCCCGUGAUCGGGUGCUGGAAUGGGCGGCCGUUUGGGUAUUUUGAGCUUUACUGGGUGAAGGAGGACCUGCUGGGCAGGAUUCUGAAUGCGGGUGAGGCGAAGGAUUGGGAUAGAGGCGUGCAUGUGGUGGUUGGAGAGCAAGAGUUUAGGGGCGCGCAUCGACUGAGUAGGUGGAUCAGCGCGUUUGUCCAUUAUGCCUUGACCGCAGAUUAUAGGACUGAAUGUUUGGUCCUUGAACCGCGGAUUGAUAAUGAGAGAUUCAUCAGGCAACUCGAAGAUAACGGGUUUACGAGGGAGAAGCAAGUCAUAUUCCCGCAUAAGACUUCGUGGUACAUGCGCUAUAAGAGAGAGACGUUUGACGGCCCCGCAUUAUGA